GAGUUUUUUUAUAAACGGGGACCCUUAUAGUUCCUUGUUGGUUGACAGUGAUUUCGAUCAGUUGUGAUAGAUAGACUACCAGACCUAUAUGUGUGUAUUUUGUGUGUGUCAUUCUUUUUUUUUCACCUGUCAUAUCACAGCAUAAUGAGAUACAGACUUAAUGCAUGCAAGAUGAGCAAUUACGUAUGUCGUAACUCCGUAAUAUUACACAGGAAGUGGGAAGACUGAAAUUGUUAUGGACAGUUCUCUCAGUUGUUGAAUAAGGAAGCACUUAAUUAAUUUUUUCCACUAAGUGUUUGUAAAUUAAUUCAGUGCCAAAGUUUACAUUUAGAAAUUAAGUACUGUGGAAAUCAUAUUAAGUGAGAUGUAAAAAUCGUUUUCAUGGAAAUGUUCUCAUCACAUGACAGACUAAUGCAUGCAAUAUUGGAAUCAAGAUAAACACUGGAACAAAUUGUUCAUGGAUUUCAUUGUAAUUCAGAGAAUAUAAGGGUUUGACAAAUUUAAUUGGACUCCAACACCUUUGAAAUCUAGAGAGAAAAAGAUGAAUUUUAGUGAUCUGGAUCGGAAUUAACAUACAAAUCCUUUGAUCCUGAGCUGUGGUGUGAAAAUUUUCUUCUCGACUUUGAUUAUGGAAAUGUUAUAGGGAGUUUUCAAAAUAAAACAUUAUGUCACUGAAGUAACAAAAUUGUUUCUCCCAGUGGUUCGAAAAAUCAAUCACUAUUGGAUUUUAAAAUUAUUUCUCGGGAUUAUUUUAGUUGUGAAUCGCCAUGGAUAGCAUCACCUGUCCCCUUAGUCCAAACUCCGAAAGUAGACAGAUGGCAUUUAAGAUUCGUUCUUCCAAGUACCGGCACAUCUAUGGCAGCAUUCCAAAGAAAGAACUCUGUUACGAAAAUGUUAAAAUCACCAGAAACACCCACGACAGUAACUUCUGUGCCGUCAAUCCCAAGUUCCUCGCUGUUGUCACGGAAACUGGUGGAGGGGGAUCUUUUCUUUGCAUUCCAUUAAAAUCAAGUGGUCGUGUGGACCCUAAAACCCCACACGUCUGUGGACAUGCUGGGGUGGUGCUGGACAUCAAAUUUAACCCAUUCAAUGAUAACAUUAUAGCCAGCUCAUCAGAGGACUGUACAGUUAAGUUAUGGAGGAUCCCAGAGGAUGGUCUGAAGACAAACCUAACAGAAUGGCUGGUGGAUCUCCACGGACACAAGAGGAGGGUAGGGUACAUAGAGUGGCACCCCACAGCCGAGAAUAUACUGCUCAGUGCCGGCUUUGACUACAAGUGUGUUUUGUGGAACGUAGAACAAGCGGAGCCGGUGAACGUGAUCAGUUGCCACGAGAACACGAUUUUCUCCAUGUCGUGGAACCAGGAGGGAAGUCUGUUUGCCACGUCCUGUAAAGACAAAAAACUACGGGUGAUUGACCCCAGAAUGGCCAGGGUCGCAGCGGAGACAUCUACGCUGGACAAUCUGGGCUCGCGAGCGUGGAAGGCUGUCUAUCUCGGUGACUCAGGGCGAGUGUUCACGUCAUACCACAGCAGAUACUGUGACAGGGAAAUCGCUGUCUGGGACAUUAAAAACAUGUCCACUCCUAUGAGGACAGAGGGUAUGGAUAACUCCAGUAGUAUAAUCCUACCUUACUACGACCAGGACACCAAAAUCAUGUACCUAGCAGGCAAAGGGGAUAGCAAUAUUCGUUACUUUGAGAUAGAUGAUGAGGACCCAUACACACAUUAUCUCAACUCCUUUAUCACAUCUUUUCCUCAAAGAGGAUUUGGUGUGAUGCCAAAGCGAGGCUGUAACACGGAGAAGUGUGAGGUGAUGAGGUUCUACAAACUACACGCCUCAAAGAAUCUCAUAGAACCUCUGUCUAUGAUUGUACCUAGAAAGUCCUCCGUUUUCCAUGAAGACAUUUACCCCCCUACAGCUAGUCUCAUCCCCUCCCUGUCAGCUGAUGAAUGGAUCUCAGGUCAAACCAGGGGACCCAUACUUAUGUCUAUGCUGGAUGGACAUGUAACCAAUUCACCCAAAGUAACCACAGCCAAAGCAGCCCAGAAUAAGGACAGUAGUUUAUCUCAGGCUCCGACCAUCACGACAUACAAAGCUGUGAACCGGCCCCGCCCUGAGGGUAGUGUCUCCACUCAGCCCUACGCCGGGGAAACUGCCGGGGUAACCAAUCACAGAAACAUCCCGGCUUCACUGCGGAACAUCAAACAACUCAGCACCAAUGAGGAAUUUGUCUCAAUCAAUGAUAACACUUCCAAUGGAGUGGACCCAGGUCCUGUCAGUCCUGCGGAUCAGAGCACGAUAAAGAAGGUCUGGUCCCCCUCCUCUCCAAAACCAAGCACUAAUGGCUUCUCUGGAGGAGAAAGUGAUAUGUACCAGCACAGAUUUGGUCGAGAUUUUUUUGAGGCUUACCUGAUAAGACGAGAUGAUGGGAAUGCAUCCGCACAUGGUUGUCAUAGUAACAAAAAUAGUCAUAGUGUAACUCACGUGAAAAAGGUGUGGUCCGCCCCACAAACCCCCGUAUCACCGCUGUGGUUUGGGGACUCCCCACCAAACGAGGCAGAGCUGAGAAAGGCCUAUUUCAAACAGCUGGAAGAGAUAUAUAGCCUAAAGGAGCAGAUAUCCCUGAAGGAUAAAAGGAUCAGGCAGUUAGAGGAAGAGAUAUCUAUGUUAAAGCUACCAGUUACUAGAGAUGAUACAGGGCCAGGACAGAGUGACUGUUAACUACAGUGGCCACUAAAAGUCUGUAUAGAUAUCACUGUUAAAGUUACCAGUCAAGAGGGACGACAAAGGGCCAGGCUAAAGUCACUGUUAAUGACUGUGGCCACCUUAAGUCUGUAUAUUAUAUGCUAGUCCUUAUUUCUGCAUUAUAUUACUCCUGCCAGUACGAGUGUGUGCAAUUCUGUUUUAUGGAUCCAGGCUAUGUACAUGUAUAGGAAAGCAAUGUACCUUGGUUUUAUUGAGUGUUAUGAGCAGUAGAGCUUCAGAGGUGACAGAGAUUUGGUUCUUUGGAUCAGUUAUUGAAGGUUUUGGUUGAAUUGUGUUCAUUUUCUGCAUAAAAGGGACAAUCAAUUUCAAUGGACACUGGAGCAUAUAUAUUCAAUGGACAGUUGAGCAGACAUUUGAAUAGCCAAGUCAAAGUGUGUUGCACUGUGACGUGUUGCCUGAUAUUUUAUGGAAGCUGUGCAAUGACAUAAACUAGUUAACAUUGAAAUGUAGAACUUUUAAAAUUUAGUAUGGCUUUUAUUGUUUUCUUGAAGAACCUUAUUUGUAGGGAAGUUGUACAUGUAGAUGGCAUGACAUUAGACACAUAGGAUACAAAUGGAUUGAUCUUUGUAACGUGAACAUCAAACUUAAGACAAGAUUUGAUUCUUGUAACAUAACAUGAUCAUCAAAUGAAGAGUGAUUUCAAUUUCCAGGUUGAUCCUGCAAAUAAAACGAACUGAUUCUCUAUGGAAAAUUGUUCAUUUACAAAACAAGUGAUAUUGUUAAAAUAUAUGAAUGUGCAUUCCAUAAACCUUUUGUGAAGAUUUUACUUUUGCUUUUUAUAUGAACAUGUUUAUUGUUGCAUUUGGAAAGUGCAGGUGUUUUUCUUAUGUAAAUGUAUAUAUUAAAAUGCAUAUGUUAUAUAUGUUAACCUCGGAAUCAAUAAUUACAUGUAGUUAAGUAACACAAUACAUUACCAAUUUUUAGUGCUCUUUCUUUUUAUGUGUUCUGCUUUAAAAUAUUCCUUUUAAAAUUAUUCCACAAAUACAUUCCAACCUCUUUAAGUUUGCGGGGCCAAGAAAAAAACUUAUAGAUUCAGGAAGUUAAGAUAAGAAGGGGAAACAAAUUUUGAAAAGUGGAUUGGAAUUUGAAAUAAUUUUGACAACGUUCAGAAGUAUUCAUGAAGUAGUUUAAAAAUUUUAUUAAAUUAUAUCUAUAAUGAUAACACUGGUUUUGUUUUCAAUAAAGCUGUUCACAUUUAUAUAACUGAAAAAAACAUUAUCCUAGCAUUUCUUUAUCAUGACAUGUACAGCACACCUGAAUAGUUGGUUGUGCAAACAGUGCUUCAUUGUACUUAACCUGUGAUUUUUAUGAUUAUACACUGUAUUUAAAUUUAUACAUUGUUGAUGUGCUUUUUAAUCAGUAUUUUUUUAUCAUAUGUAAGAGAAACUCACUUUAUAAUAUUUGAGCACAAUUUUUACGCCUUUCUAGCAUAGAACAUGAUGCUCUGAGGUCAAAACACAGCAAGCUACCAAAAUACACACUGACAAUAGCUAGUUCACAAAUCCCUGUCAGUUUCGUCUUGAGUGUUCUUUUUUACACUAUAGAGGACGCUAAUUGUACUUCAGAUGAAUAUAAACUUGCUAACAUAUACAGAGCCAUGUGCAUUUAUUGACAUAAUAGUGCUUACAAUUUUAAAAUUGAUUCUGCAGCAAUACAUAUCUGCACAAACUCUGAUUUUCACCAUUAAGUUAGUAUUAAAAUCAUUUCAGCUUGUUCUUCGCAUGUUUUAAGGUGAUAAAGGCUUCCAAUCAAUUUAAAUCAAUGCAUUAUAGUUAGAAAAAAACUAUGGACAUUUAAUUUGCAGGUGCAUAUUUAACGUGUUCAAGUUGAUGCCGUAAAUAUAAAUAUGUUGUGGGCAUUUCUGAUAUUUUUUUCAGGAUGGAAGUGUGGUUUUUUGUCAGGUUAACGUAGUGAUUCAGAAUUGUGAUUAUAGAAGUUCUAGUAGAUCUGUACCUUGAAAUCAGAGUGAAUUUUUUUUUUAUAAAUUUGUUAAGAUAUGAGCGUGUUUCUUUUCUGAUUUUACCAGAUUUAAAUAAAGAUCUGUGAACAUGAGUUUGGGGUAAAGGAUAUCUUAUCAAGUUUUGUUUUCAUACACCUGUCUUUGGCAACAAAAUACACCCUAACCAACUGUAAUCUUAAACUCUUUUCUAGUAAUUCUGAAGAAUUUGUCUUGAUGUCUACAUACAUCAUAACAUCCAUUUUUUUUAAGUGUGUUUUCCGAGAGGUAUCGGUAUAAGGACAUUCUCUUUUCUUAUUCGGUAAUAAAUAGACAAGUGUUUAAUUUUUGAGAAAUAAUAUUUCUUACAUCUUCUUAAUUUUGUUCCAGUUAAUCAUUUCUUUAUUAGUUUUAUUUAUUUUCUUUAUAUGGACACCAAAUUAACUUAUAUGUAGCUAUUGUACAAUAUUAUAAUUGAUUUUGUGUGCCGGGUAGCUGGCAUUUCAUAAAUUAAAUUAACUUGUAGCAAAAAUAUACAGAUUAGAACUUUUUUUUGCAUUGAAUUAAAAUAGUAGUUCAUAUAUUCCUUUUUACUAUACAUGUUCUAACGGUACUUCAUAUAAGACAAUGUAAUAUAUGCAUGUAUCUUCACUGUACAUGUAUUAGAAUCUCUGUCCAAGCGUUGGCUAAUAUUUCUUUAUUUUAAGAUCUGUCUCAAUUUGACAAUUAUCAUUUAUUUAAUGGUUUGUAGUAUCAAUUUUUAAGUCUUUGAAAUUUUGUAUUUUUUUUUUUUUUUUGCAUUUGAGCCUUAGUUUUUAUUCAAAUUUAAAAAAUAUAUAUAUUUACAUGUAUGUCAGAUUUGAUUUUUUUUUCCUUUAAUCCUGUAAUUAGUAAAUUAGUCUCAUCCAAAACAGGCAUUAGGAAAGGAUUCGAUUUUAAGAUAAUGAUUGAGACUUGUGCAUCACAAUUUAUGCAAUUUUUAUAUCGUGUACCAUUGGACUAUAAUCAAAAUAUAUACAGGAAGUUAAGAUAUAGAGACGUUCUUUAGAUUUAGUUUAAGCCAAUAAAUGUGGAAUUCAUUUUACAGUCUAACAAUAAAAUUUUAUGCUUAUGGAAAAUGCUGUUUUAUGAACAUGUAUAUAUAGUGUCAAAAUUCCUUAAACUAGACAUUAAAUGUUUUUUUGUUUUGUUUUUUCGAUUUUUUGCCUAUAAAAGGCAGAUGUGAUGUUAUUGAACAUAAAUUUGAAAAAGGAAGUAAAAAAACAGAAAAAAUGUCCUUUUCUGGAUUUACUGAAUACAAAAUGUCUGGAAAAAAUAUACAAAGUUAUAUAAACAUUUUCUAGUUCUUAACCAAUUGAAAAAUGUACAGCAGAUUCGUAUUUAAUUUCCAUGUCAUUAUAAAACUGAUUUACACUGACUUGUUUAAUUUUGCAAUAGAUGACUAUUGAUUGCAUACAUAUUUUACACAAUAUUGU